UUUCUCGGCAGCACUGCCCCACUGUUUAUUUCCGCUGAGGAGCGGAAACAGUGUAAGGUAACUUGUGGAGGUGACCGAAUGGCAGAUAGCAGAAUAACUGUGAAAAUAUCAGAUUAGCACGGUGCAUACGCCAUCACAGUUUCUGGUAACAGUGUGUAGCUAUCGUCGGCAGCAUGGGAGCUCACCUCGGAAGACGGUACAUCACGGAGCGGGACACGGAGCCUGACCCGGCCAAGAAGAGCCCGUUCGACCCGGAGUUCGGCUUCCCGGACAGGAAAGAGAGAGAGAUGGUGGCGACCCAGGAGCAGAUGAACCUGGCCCAGUUACCAGUGGAGCAGAGGGACUACUGCGCUCAUUACCUCCUCAAACUCAUGAAGUGUAAGAGGGACAACUGGCCCAACUUCCUGGCCUGCAAGCAUGAGAGACAUGACUGGGACUACUGCGAGCACCAGGAUUAUGUGAUGCGUAUGAAGGAGUAUGAGAGGGAGAGGAGGCUCCAGCUGAGGAAGAAGAGGAUCGAGGCCCAGGCUCAGGCUGCAUGAUCAUGACCAUGACCAUGUCUGACUUUUCUUCCUUUCUGUAUAUACCUGCUGCUGUCCACAAUAAACAGUCAUAUUUGAACCCCAA